CCCUCCAAAAUGUCUCAAAGCUACGCGGAGUCUGGCAGAAGACUGCAGGAAAAUUACUUGCACGUUUUAUCUGUCUGUGGAGGCCUGACCUUCCCAACUCCAGACACUGUUUAAUGGAAUAGUUGCAGCAGACAUGAGACUGUGGUGAUGGAUGAAGAAUGUGUUCUGUAUUAUGGUCAGUGGAAGGUUAGAAAGCCCACUGGGAAGACCACAACAUGUGCCCAACAUGCCAGCUGUCUGAGGGUUCUUUGAUCUCCUACUUUCAUCCCUCUUCGUUUGACCUUUGACCUUCUUUGGUAAAAUGGACAUCUCUUUGACAACAGAAAACAAGGUGCCGGGUGAGGCCCCCUCGGUGACCCUCACCAUACGUCUCAUCAUGCAGGGAAAGGAUGUCGGCAGCAUCAUUGGAAAAAAAGGAGAUACUAUAAAAAGGUUCCGCGAGGAGAGCGGCGCCCGCAUCAAUAUCUCAGACGGCUCGUCCCCCGAGCGCAUCGUCACCAUCACAGGAUCCACAGAAAAUAUCCUAAAGGCCUUCAAUAUGAUAGGCAAGAAGUUUGAAGAGGAUAUGAAGGCAGCCCAUGUGAACAGUUCUGUUCCAGUACCGCCAGUCACAUUGCGACUCAUCGUUCCCGCAAGUCAGUGUGGAUCGCUGAUCGGGAAAGGGGGUUCCAAGAUUAAAGAGAUCCGAGAGGUGACAGGAGCAUCUAUCCAGGUAGCUGGGGACAUGCUGCCCAACUCCACAGAGAGAGCGGUGACUGUCUCAGGCACUCCCGACGCCAUCUCACAGUGUGUCUAUCACAUAUGUUGUGUCAUGCUAGAGUCUCCCCCCAAAGGUGCCACUAUCCCCUACAAGCCCAGGCCGGCGAGCGGAACCAGCACCUCUGGCCCUGUGGUCUUCGCAGGGGGUCAGGUAAAUGCCUACACAAUACAGGGUCAAUACGCCAUCCCUAACAAUGAUCUCACCAAGCUCCAUCAGUUGGCCCUGCAGCAAACCCCCUACAUCACCCCUGGAACGACCCUCCCUGCUGCCCUUGCGACACAGUUUGGAGUUCAGACUGCGUCUCAGCCAGGAAACCCCUCCAGUCAGACACAUGAGCUGACCAUACCCAAUGAGCUAAUUGGAUGCAUCAUUGGAAAAGGUGGUUGCAAGAUCAAUGAAAUCAGGCAAUGUUCGGGAGCGACCAUAAAGAUUGCGGGGAUGCAGGAAGGCUCGACGGACCGGCAGGUGACGAUCACGGGAACGCCCGAGUCCAUCAGCAUGGCACAGUUUCUUAUCAACACCAGCUUAGAGCUGGCCAAACGCUUGACCCCCGACCUGACCACGCCCACCACCGCUCCCUCCUCUACGUUGAAUCCCACUUCCCUGGGGGUGGGGCAGGGUGGCACGCCCACCCCCCUGGCCGUCCCCCUGAGCAGUCUGAUGUCGUUGAAACCAGUCCCGCUCCUUGAACUCGCACAGGCGGGCUUACUAGAUGCGACCAGUAGAUCGUCCUACACAGCAAAAGUGAAAAACGCAACGGGGACGGGGACCUCUGGGGCGAAGAAAUCCGAUCGCAAUAAGUUUGCACCGUACUAGAGGGGCGUAGUAGUGUAUGGGAGUCGUCUGGUCAUCGGGCGCUACCGACAGUAACCGUGGACAACGCUCGCACAUAGGUACUGGGUACCUAGCAACACGAACAACACGCUUGUAAACCUGUAAACAAAGCUCAAGUCGUAAAUAGAACUAUUCCAGAUAACUCAUGUACAUGUACAAAGUCAAACGUGGUGCUGUCUACAAGUGCCAUCGUCUUGCUUUAAGCUAUGCCUAGCCGUAGUCAUAACGAUAGUGAUAGUAGUAGUCGUGUUCUUACAAACCCUAAGCAGCUCACUUCGAUGUUUUGUGUCGUCACCUUGUACAGAUUUAUCCCAGUCUUCAGACAUACAUAUAUACGUAGCGGUAGGAAGAGUAACUCUCAGAACAAAAAGACAAGUUGUCCAGUAUUUUCACCACUGUAUAAAGAAGCCGUCCACUGUUACUGUCGGUAGGGCAUGACACUGUGCACCUGUAAGGUGUGCUAGACAUGGAGGGCAGGGAUAUAAACGGGUCGGUAGCGGGAAAACGGUUUACGCUCCAGACGUAACCCGUGCUACCACCACAGUGCAUGUGCCAUACGCCAGCAUGGAUUUUCUAGACUUAUAUGGAUAACUCUAGGGCUAGUAGCCGACUGCGUAGGUUGCUAGUUUUCUACUUUUAAACUUCACAUUCCUUGAGAAAAAGUAUAUGGCUAUAUUGUGAUUAAAGAAGAAGAAGAAAAAACUACUGGCUGUAAAUGUUGAUAUGUGCAGGGUAACCUUUUGUGAUCAUGAUAAGAAGAAAUUUUUGCAUUUGUAGUGCACAUAUAAAGUGAUAGUAGCACCAUGAGUGAUGAUAUGCUGGUCUUGCAACAUGAAGCAAUAAAUUAUUACCACUGGUAACAAAGUAAAAAAUAAUGUAUACUUUACCUGUAAUAAUGUAUAUCUCUAGGAAUGUAUUGUAAGUGGGCAUUGAUAUGUAGAAGUGAGCAUGAAUAUGUUUUUGGACUGGAGGGGUGGUGAGGUCUACUAUAGUGGUGUGUACUUGGCUGUAAAUACUAUGAUGCCUGUGCAGUGCAUGAACAUUGUAUGCCGUGUGUUACUCCUUUGUAGUGAUAGACACGAUUGUGUUCUCACAUAGAAACUCUCUCCUUUAUUGUUUGUUGGUAUUCAGAGACUGCUACUACCCCUCUAGAGAACUACCUCUGCUGGCAAUGUUGCUGUGAAUUCUUUUUUUUUUAUUAUUAUUUUAUUAUUCCUUCAUCCAUUCACUCCUAACAAGAUGAUGUCCUGUUUAUAAGAUGUCCGUUAUUGCCAUUGUACCGUAACCCUGUCAUUAUUGAAGUAGACUGCAUGGUAGUCGUUAAACAGUUGUUCAUGAGACAAGAAAGGAAUGAUUUGUUAGUCUCCAAUAUGGUGUAAUUUCUGGUUUUUAUAGGCUGAGAGAAGAGGUCAGCGGAAUGGGAGGGCUAGUCCUGUGAUUUCCCCAUCAUGCACUGGAUUACCCAUGAUGCCCUGGGAUUACCCAUCAUUCAAUCUGUUUUAUCCAUCAUGCAUUGUGAUCAAGAAGUAAUGUUGGAAUCAAUUAAGGAAUGAUCUGACCAAGAUUUUGAUUUUAGUGAUUCAGAAUCACUAUUUUCUUUCUUUUAGCCAAUUCUGUAUCCUUGUAUUUGUUUCAGAACUGCAUAUUUAUCCAGCAGUGUUGUUUUGUAAACAUUGUCGGCUUGCGACCAUUAAAUUAUGGCCAGUGUAGUGAAGUCAACUUGAUUGUUCAUGGAAUUUUCAUGUGGGGCCGGCCAUUCUGUUCUGAUUUGUAAAACAGGUCUGUUUUAUGUUGGUGAAUGACUAUGUUGGAAAGUGAGAGGAGCCGGAACAACCUCCAGGCAGGGUUAUUAUACUCUAAGAAGUUAACAAUGCUCAAGGGAGGCAUCUUAAGUAGUAAGAAUGCCUCUGCCACGACAACGGACCUUUCCCAACAAGAUAGUGUGAAACCACUAGAGUGGAACUCUAUGAGAAGUCUACCACAUUAACUUUUACAUGGACUUGAUUCUUGCUUUGUACAGUCGAAUGUGUUUCUCAUUAUCGUUAUCAUUGUGGAAAAAAAGACUGCUCUUAUUGCUUGUACAGGCCAAAGCUAUAAAAAGUAAGCUUGCAUUUUAUCUAUCAUUCCAGCUGGUAUAAGAUUCUGUGCGGUUGUUUUUCUUCAGCAGCAGAACACAGACGUUUUUAGAACUUGAUGUUUACCUCCGACAGAAAAAAAAGUAUGUUGUUAAGAUAUAUACUGUACAAUAGUUGUAGGUGUUAUAGGAUAAAUGAAGACUGUGAGCUUAGACAGUUAAGAAAGUCAGCGACAUCAUGGAGUAAAAUAAGGUAUACUCCUUUUUACAGAUUAUUUAGAGGUUGACUUGCCAAGAAAGGCAAGCGAAUAUUAUCUGUUUGAUUAAUCGCAUUUGUUGAAACUUGAAAGUUAAAAACAUCUUUUUUCGAUACCAUGUUACCUCAAGAAGUGGUAUGUGGACUGUACCAAAGUUUGGAGCGGGGCAGAUGACACCUGUGCCACAGGGCUAGAGAUAGUUGUCAAAGAGUAAAUAGAAUCGUAAACCCUUGAGUUUAGAAGGCUGCAGUCCAAGAGAAUUUGGUUAGAGGAACUGAACUUGAUGUGAUGGACUCUAUGUGAGAUGUGAUAUACCGUCACUUAUAUCAUUGUAUAAACCAUCAACCUUCCGCCUUUGUAGUCGUUUCUUCUUCUUUUUUUAAGUACUACAAAAGCGUCUUUCCUCAACAUAGAGCCAUGAAAGUGAGUUUAGAUAACAUGCUUUCUUGGCAUAUCCCGAGAUGUAACUAAGACUAUAAGGUGAUACUCUAUUGUUUGUAGGUAGUUUAUACCACUUUCCCCUGUAUUCUGCUACUGAAGGAAGCGGCUGCCAAGGAUGUGUAUACUGGUGUCUUGGAAUGAAAAUAAAAGCUGUAACAACAGUCAAA